AUGUCAGGGUCAAAGUCUACACUGACUAUCGCCAGGCUAGUCAGAGACGUUACAUACAUUUUCAUUGACAACAUGGUGUUAGUUAAAUGUGCGGCUUUUUUCGGCUUGGGAGCUGCUCUGUCGUAUGGCAUAGGUUUAUCCUGCACCUUGACAACACUGCUGGUCUUCGGUGUUUACCUUGUCACAGGCGGCUGGCGUUUUACAUGGGUCGUUAUAAACACUCUCCCAAGAGAUCUCAGGGGGUUGUCUGUAUUAUUGAAAACAAAGUUUAUUAUAAGAGACCAUUUAAGAUCAGGAACAACAAUAGCAAAGUUAUUUACCAAGUCUGCAAACAAGUAUCCAAACAAAGCCUGCAUCUUGUUUGAGGAUGAAGUCUGGACAUUUCAAGAAGUUGAGGCAUACUCCAACUCGAUUGCAAAUUAUUUUUACAAUGCAGGAUUUCAGAAGGGAGAUGUGGUAUCUAUAUAUAUGGAUAACAGACCACAAUAUUUCUGUCUCUGGCUUGGAUUGUCUAAGAUAGGAGUAAUUUCUGCUCUGAUCAAUUACAACCUCCGUAAGCAGCAACUCACCCACUCGAUAACCACAGCAGAAUCUAGGGCAGUCAUCUUUGGAAGAGAGUUCACUGAUGAUAUAAAGGAGGCAGUGCAUGGAAUUGGAAGGCUAAAACUGUAUGUUACUGGAACCAACAGUUUAAAUGACCCAUCGAUAACAUGUCUGGACCCAUUACUUGAAAAGAGCUCAAAAUUUAAUCCUCCAACUGUUCCUGGAAAUUUCAGUGAGAAAUUGUUUCUAGUGUUUACAUCAGGAACAACAGGACUACCUAAGGCUGCUGUUAUCACACACACAAGGUUUUUCUACAUGUCCUUUGCCAUCCAGCAGAUGUACCGUCUAUCAGGGAAAGACACACUUUACACCUCUCUUCCCUUAUAUCACACUGCUGGAGGCAUUCUGGGGGUGGGGCAGGUUGUCCUGGGUGGAACCACUCUAGCUAUCCGUCGCAAAUUUUCUGCCAGCAAGUUUUGGGAGGACUGUGUGAGAUAUAACUGCACUGCUGCUCAGUACAUAGGUGAAAUAUGUCGGUAUUUACUUGCUCAACCACAUCGUAACUUUGAUCGUCAACACAAAGUGAGGCUUAUGUUUGGUAAUGGUCUGCGCCCACAGAUAUGGCAGGAAUUUCAAGAUCGAUUUGGUGUUCAACAGAUGGGAGAGUUCUAUGGUGCCACUGAAGGCAACUGUAACACAUUAAACCCAGACAAUAAGGUAGGAGCUGUGGGUUUCACCACCAUGAUAGCUCCAUUCUUGUACCCCAUCACACUCAUACGAGUAGAUGAACAGGGCGAACCAAUUCGUGACCGAAACGGUGUCUGCAUCAGAGCGAAGCCAGGUGAACGAGGAGAGCUGGUAGGGAAGAUUGUGAAAGGUGAUGCUUUACGAGAAUUUGAUGGCUACAUUAACAAGACAGCAACCAACAAGAAGAUUUGUGCCAAUGUUUUCAAGAAAGGUGAUUUGGCAUUCCUCACAGGAGAUGUGUUGAUCAUGGAUCAAUUUGGCUACUUCUACUUCCAGGACCGCACUGGCGACACAUUCCGAUGGCGUGGCGAGAAUGUGUCUACUACGGAGGUGGAAGCUGUCAUCAGUAACAUCGUCAAACUCUGUGACUCGGUUGUAUAUGGAGUAGAAGUACCAGGCGUAGAAGGAAGAGCAGGAAUGGUAGCUAUUGAGGAUCAAAAUGACAAUUUAGAUUUACGUCACCUACAGACAGAACUACAGAAGUGUCUUGCCUCAUAUGCUCGGCCUGUGUUUGUUCGUCUGUUAAAAACUGUCGCCACUACAGGGACAUUUAAGUUGAAAAAGGUGGAGUUACGACAGGAAGGAUUUGACCCUAACAAGUUGAAGGACAGACUAUUUUAUAUGAACUCGAAGAGUGGCAGCUAUGAACCAAUCACAUCACAGGUGUAUAGGGACAUUUGUAGUGGUAAAAUUCGCCUGUAGAUGUUGGACAGCUAGAUAAUUAAACAAUUAUCCUCAGGAACAAAUCACCUUCCAUGUAAAUGAUGUGAUAUGGAAAUUCCUUCCAUGGAAGCCUGUCAGUAUGCUCAUAGUUUUCUCAUUUCUACUCCCAAGAGAAUUACGAUAUUGUCAGAUUUCAAGUGAUAUGUGUAUAGCAAAAUGUUAAUAUUAUCAAAGUCCCAUGGUUUCCUUUUUCAUGUCCUUUCUACGUGUAAUCCGAGUGUAUUCACUCUUGAAACCCAAAAUGGUCAGUGGGCAAAUAUUGGCAAUAUAAAAAGAUUUUGGAGUGAAAAUGGGUAGUAGAGCAGUGUUUUUCUGGCUAAAUGGGACAGUAUGAGAAUGUAUUCCUGGAUGAAAGUUGGCAGUAUAACAAGUUUUUUUUAGUACAGUGUUGGCAGUAUAAUAAGGUUUUACUGAACAAUUGGUGGCAUUAUAACAAGGCCUUACUGGGUGAAUGUUUUCAAUACAACAAGGUUUUACUUAAUGAAUGUUUGGAGUGUAACAAGAUUUUACUGGACAAAUGGCAGUUUUGUAGUACAAUGAUGUUAAUAUAGCAAAGUUUUACUUAACCAUUGUUUUCACUAUGCUAAAACUUAAUAAUGUGUUUGGCACACACAAAAUGUUUCCAUCAAUCACCUUACAUACUUUGAAAUAACUAGAUGAGGGGUGCAGAAUCCUACCUAGUUUCCACCAUUGAAGACAUAACAACAAUGACUGUUCACCCAUUACUUGAAAUCUUGACCCACUAAUAAUGUACAUGAAUUGAACUAAUAUUUUAGACAGGUGCAGAUUAAUUUCAUUAGAUGUUAUAAAUCAUCCCUACCCUUUAUGUCCCGGUUUUCUACCUUCUUAUGUUUUUUCUUGUUUCACAAAGAAGUGAAGGGAGUGUGUUAACAUUAGGGCUGUAAUGAUAUACUGA